GAUGGGCAGCUUGUAUAAGGAUGAGCAGGACAACUGGAUCACAGUGUGUCUCAAGUACCUCCUCUUCGUUUUUAACUUCCUGUUCUGGAUGGGUGGUGGGGUGGUGAUGGGUGUCGGGAUCUGGACGCUGGUUGAUAAAGGAGAGUACCUGAGCCUGCUGGCCUCCAGUACAUUCGCCGUGUCCGCCUACAUCCUGAUCCUGGCAGGAGGGCUGGUGAUGGUCACGGGGUUCUUGGGCUGCUGCGCUGUCAUACGUGAGCAGAGGAGCUGUCUGUCCACGUACUUCUCCUGUCUUCUUCUGAUCUUUCUAAUUGAGCUGGUGGCUGGUGUUCUGGCCUACGUUUAUUAUCAGUCGCUGAGUGAAGAGCUGAAGCAGCACUUGAGCAAGACAAUGACAGAGAACUAUGCCAAACCUGGAAAAGAGAGCAUCACACAUUCUGUGGACAGACUACAGCAGGAUUUCAAGUGCUGCGGGAGCAACAACUCCUUUGACUGGACACACAGCGUGUACAUCAUGUCCCUGGAAGCGGAGAAAAGAUUGGUCCCUGACAGCUGCUGUAAGACCAUCACCCAUCAGUGUGGAAAGAGAGACCACCCCUCAAACAUCUACAAGGUGGAGGGCGGCUGUAUCACUAAACUAGAGCAGUUUCUGGCAGAUCACUUGCUCAUUAUUGGUGCUGUGGGAAUAGGCGUGGCCUGUCUACAGGCCUCUCUCUUCCUGCCUAUUGUAUCGCUAUCUCUGGACCUAGACCGCUGGAAAGAAGAGCUUUCAAAGGUGUCAACAUAUCUGCUCAGAAAAAAAGACUGUUUGUCCCUGGCUUUUUGUGAAGGUCUGCUGAUUGCGUAUAAGUCUCAUCUCUCGGUUUGUUGUUGUUGUGCAGUUAAUCCCACUUUCAUUUGGUUUUAUUGUCCUCUGGAGUAGCAUUUGAAGUGCUGGCAGACAGCAGUAUUACUGCUUCUCACUCAGUGCUUUAUGACAUGGAAGACAAUUCCGUGAAAAGAACAUGCUUUUUAAAUGUGAAAAUGAAAAAUUGACACAAAGGAAGGUAUUCUGUAAAUUUUCUAAGAUGCUAUUUUCCUUGCACGGAAAUGAAUGAGGUUUUGAAAUGAAUGAAGUUCCAAAAAUGACAAAAAAAAGAGGCAUAAAGCACUAGAAAAUUGUCUUUUGGUGCACUAUAUUCUACAUUUGCUAAUGAGAGAUGACAUAUUUGUGUUUAAAUAAUUCUUUACGACAAAUUUACGCAAAGUUUGGGGUCAGGAAGCUAUUUGAAAAUUAUUUUAAAUUAACAUUAUAUUUUAGAAUAUUACUGUUUUACUGUGUUUUGACCAAAUAAAUGCAGUCUUGGUGAGUAUAAGGUGAGUAUAAUUUAUGUUAUUAAACACUCGAAAUGGGAUUUCCAAGAUAUAUUUGCACCAGGUUUGGUCCAGCUGACAUCAGAUAUCACUGGUUCUUGUAAUUUCCUGAUUGCAAAACUGUUCAUUUUUAUUAGCCCUCAGGCGCAAAUAAGAGUAUUCCUUUCCGUUUUCAUUGUAUUGAAAAGAGCAGCUUUGACAUUCUGUAAAAUAUCUUCAAAAGGAGGAAUAACAUAAGGGUUAAGAAUGUUGUUUGAGUUUGCAAAUUAGAAAAGAUGAAAAAUCUAUACUAAAUCUACACUUUGUAUACAAAUAUAUAUUAUAAUAUAUUUAGGUUUUGUUCACAUUCUGAUUUAAGCUAAAUAAUGCCGCUCAGUUAUAACAUAAAGCAAGCUUUAUGAACUAAGAUCGGAAUGUACCCCAUUUUUAGUCCAUAAACGACUGUGACACAUAUUUUACAGUUCCCAUUCUGAGGUUCAUUUGAAACCUCUAAAAACACUCAUAAACUAGAGAUCCUUAUUGGUAUGUGCCAUGAAUACUCAUUUGUCCAAUAGAUAACUACAGAUUAACCAAUUUAUAGUUUAUGGUUUUCCCAUAAUUGUAAAACAUUAUUAAGGCAGGCAAAUACUUGAGUUGAGCUGCACUUCCAGCUCUGGUUUAUUUGUGUGUUUGUGGGUAGGUUGAGGCUCCUUCAUUCUUGUAGAAAUGAUCGCCCACCAAGAGCCCUCCUAGGACCUAGCUUCCGAUUUGUCUUUAGCAUUUUCCAGAGGGAGAGGGGAAAAAUAUAGCAUGGCUGCAUACUGAAACACUCUGUAUUUUUAGAUUAUGUUUUGUAACAUGUAGACUAAGUUUGUAAAGGUUUGGGAAGAUUCUUAUAUUUUUAUCUCCUAUUUAUUUUUAAGUUGUUUUUCCCAGGAUUACAGCUUGAAGAAUAUCUCAGGAUUUUUUUUUUUUAUGCUAUCACAAAAAUAUGUACCUCUCUCAUAAGAAAUUACCAAUGUGAAUCUCAAAAUUGUUGCUAUGAAUUAUUCUACCAUCAUGGCAAUAUUUAAAAGUGACUUGCCAUUCUGAAAUAUAGAAAUGUGUAAAUUAAUGUUAAUGCUCUUUUCAUUAUGUUAGUUAUCACUGAUCUGACUCUCCCUGAACGUUAUAGCCUUAUACAAACACGUGCACACACACACACACACUACCGGCUGCCUUACACCUUGGUUUCCAUAGUAGCUCAACACCGCUUCCCUCUUCCUACGAGCCUUUUAUGAAGAGUGUUUCAACAUUUGCCACAAGCCUUUUAAAAUAUCAGUGCUUUUAAAGGAAUGGCUAACCCAAAAUGAAAAAAAUUACACACCCUCAGGUCAUUCAAGAAGUAUAAGAGUUUGUAUCUUCAUCAGAACAGAUUUGUAGAAAUUUUGCUCACCAGUGGAUCCAAUGCAGUGAAUGGGUGCCACCAAAAUGGGAGUGCAAACAGCUGAAUAAAGCAUCACAAUAAUCCUCAAGUAUUCCACACGACUCAGGUCCAUCAAUUAACAUCUUGUGAAUUGAAAAGCUGUGUGUUUGUAAUAAACAAAUACAAAUAAAAAUAAAAUUUGAGUCCUCUAUCUAAUAUUGUUUUGCCAGUGAAAAAUCAUAUUUUCUGAAUUAUGAGAGAAAUAUGCACAGAUCAAGCAGAAAAAUAUUCCAAAACAUUAAUUGGUUUACUGGAGAUGUGGAUUAUUGUGAUUUUUUUUUUUUU